UCCGUUGCUACUAAUUAUUAAUUUCACCUCCUGCCCCAGCUCUCUGUCCAAGAACGGUCAUGGCGUCUUCCGCCGUCGUCAGGCAGAGGCCAGCGAUUGGUAAGCCAGCUGGAGAAGGAGAUAGCGCUGCUGUCGCUGCUGGCGACGGUGGUGGUGCUCGGCCGCCGGCGGCGAGGCCGUCGCUGUUCUCGCAGGCGCUGGCGUCCACGGCGAGCCUGGCGAACCUGCUGCCGACGGGCACGGUCAUGGCGUUCCAGCUGCUGGCGCCGACCUUCACCAACAACGGAGCCUGCGACGCCACCACGGCGCUCCUCACCGCCGGCCUCCUCGCCGUGCUCGCGCUCUCCUGCGUCCUCGCCUCCUUCACCGACUCCCUCAGGGGCCCCGACGGCCGCGUCUACUACGGCCUCGCUACGCCGCGGGGGCUCUGGCUGCUGGACUACCCUUCCGGUCCCGGCGCCGCGCCGCCGCCGGACACCUCGCGGUACCGGCUGAGGACCAUCGACGCCGUGCACGCCGCGCUGUCGGCGGGCGUGUUCGGUGUGGUGGCGGCGAGGGACAAGAACGUGGUGGGGUGCUUCUGGCCGGCGCCGGCGAAGGAGACGGAGGAGGUGCUGGGCAUCGUGCCGCUGGGCGUGGGCGUCAUCUGCAGCCUCCUCUUCGUCGUCUUCCCCACCACUCGCCAUGGCAUCGGCUACCCCGUCACCAACUCUUCUUGAGUCAACCAUCCAUCCAUUGCUUUAUUUUCCAUGUUUCCAUCGAUCAAACUAUUAAUUGCCUACUCGAUCAAUUAAAUAAUUACGGUUAAAUUAAUUUUCCUUGUUUCAAUUAUCUGUGGAGUAAAGAAAUUUCAUUACUACAGUUCUUUUAAGCCGUGUCGAUUAAUCUCUCUGUUGUCGUCUCUGCAACCCUGAAAGCAAUAGCGAGAAUUAUUCCCAAAUGCAACCAGGGGCAGACCUGCUUAAAUUGAAGUGUAUUCGGAUCAAUAGAUCCAAUAUUUUGGAAAAAAAAACA